CCCCGGCCGGGUGGUUGGGUGGGGGAGGGCGCAGGACGGGGCGGGCCGGAGGCUGGUGUCCCCGCCUCCCAAGCCUUGGGCUCGCCGCGUUGCGCAGUCCUCCGCCUUCCUUGCCUUCUCGUCCCCUUCCUUCCUUCCUUUCUUCCUUCCUUCCGCCGGGCGCGAUGGAGCCGGGACGCGGGGCGGCCGCGGCGCUGCUGGCGCUGCUGUGCGCAGUCUGUGCGCUGCGCUGCGGGCGCGCCCAGUACGAGCGCUACAGCUUCCGCAGCUUCCCGCGGGACGAGCUGAUGCCGCUCGAGUCGGCCUACCGGCACGCGCUGGACCAGUACAGCGGCGAGCACUGGGCGGAGAGCGUGGGCUACCUGGAGAUCAGCCUGCGGCUGCACCGCCUGCUGCGCGACAGCGAGGCCUUCUGCCACCGCAACUGCAGCGCCGUGCCCCAGCCCGAGCCGGCCGCCGGCCUCGCCCGCUACCCCGAGCUGCGCCUCUUCGGGGGCCUGCUGCGCCGCGCGCACUGCCUCAAGCGCUGCAAGCAGGGCCUGCCAGCCUUCCGCCAGUCGCAGCCCAGCCGCGAAGUGCUGGCCGACUUCCAGCGCCGGGAGCCGUACAAGUUCCUGCAGUUCGCCUACUUCAAGGCAAAUAAUCUCCCAAAGGCCAUUGCCGCCGCUCACACCUUUCUACUGAAGCAUCCCGAUGACGAAAUGAUGAAGAGAAACAUGGCGUAUUACAAGAGCUUGCCUGAUGCCGAGGACUACAUUAAGGACUUGGAAACCAAGUCAUAUGAGAGCCUGUUCGUCCGAGCCGUGCGGGCCUACAAUGGCGAGAACUGGAGGACGUCCGUCACAGACAUGGAGCUGGCCCUUCCCGAUUUCUUCAAAGCCUUUUACGAGUGUCUGGCGGCCUGCGAGGGCUCCAGGGAGAUCAAGGACUUCAAGGACUUCUAUCUUUCCAUAGCAGAUCAUUAUGUAGAAGUCCUGGAAUGCAAAAUGCAGUGUGAAAAGAACCUCACCCCUGUCGUAGGAGGCUAUCCCGUGGAGAAGUUUGUGGCCACCAUGUAUCAUUAUUUGCAGUUUGCUUAUUAUAAAUUGAACGACCUGAAGAACGCGGCCCCCUGUGCGGUCAGCUACCUGCUCUUUGACCACAGUGACAAGGUCAUGCAGCAGAACCUGGUGUAUUACCAGUACCACAGGGACAAGUGGGGCCUCUCGGACGAGCAUUUCCAGCCCAGACCAGAAGCAGUUCAGUUCUUCAACGUAACUACGCUCCAGAAAGAGCUGUAUGACUUUGCUAAGGAAAAUAUAAUGGAUGAUGAUGAGGGAGAGGUUCUGGAAUAUGUGGAUGACCUCUUGGAGCUGGAGGAGACCGGCUAGUCCACAGCAAAGAGAAGCCCCUGGAUGUCCAGGGGACACAGAUUCUGUCUGCCUUUCCCCAGUAGCCCACGUCACUGAUACCUCAAAGCCUUCUCUUCACUCUGCGAAGUGAAAGGGAAGCCUCAUCUCUCACUACGUACAAUAAGGGGCGAGCCUGCCUUCCCCGUGACCACACCUGCCUCCCCACGCGCCUCCCACCUUCACACGGGCCUUUCUCACUAUUUUGGUUGGAAGCACAGUCCUCCAUUUUUUUCCCCCCAGAAAACCACAAUUUUUUUUUUUUAAUAAGAAAAAUACUCCUCAAAUUAGAUAAUUGUGAAAACCUAUUUUGGGCUUUCUGCUCUUUCAGGUUUUAGACUCCAUUAUCCCCAUGCCCUGAUUCAGGAAGACAGUGGAAGACACAGGCCAAACUUCUCCACACAUCCCCCCGACCCCGUGACAGCGUACAAGUGGUCUGACCCGCACCAUUUCUGGCACCCACUGAAAGAGAAGCUGGGUAGAUAGUGCAGACUCCAGAAAUGUGGCUUUUGCCCCACACUUCUGCAUCUCCAAGGUCUUAACAAUGGUCGGUCGAUCCCUAGGCACCAUAGUCAGUUGCAAGUCUCAGAGUUGGAAAUGGAAGAAAGCAGAGGGGGUCUGGUCUCAUUCAUUUUUUCAAUAAAUAUUUAUUGAGCACCCACUACAUGCUAGACGUUGACGUGGGCACUAGAAACGCUGUGCAGAAUGACGGGGAAAAAAUCCCUGCCCUCCGGAGCCUACGUCCUCUAAGGGAGACAGACAACAAAUAAAUAAGAACAAAUGUAUAUAAA